CCUGUGGAUCAGCAGAUCUCUAAACAUGUGGAUGUGUUUAAACCAUAGACACACGAGCAGCCGCCAUCUUGCUUUGACUGUUUACACUGAUUACAUGACUGCUGCUAGAUACUGUACCCCGAGCGAAGGCUAACUAGCUAGCGGGUAACCGACCCAGUUCAUAACAGCAACGUUACAUCACUGUGGCUGUCCCACCUGGGAAAUAGCGGCCUAAAGGAGCAAACGCUUCCCUCAAAAGGCACUGUGCCAUUAGCAUGACACACUGACCUGUUAAACUACGACAAGAGAGCGAACGCUGCAGUGACUUGGCAAUUUUGUUUUGUUUUUUCGAAAGGGCUGUCAAGACGCGACUGGUUUCAUCGUGCCUUGAUUUUGGCCAAAAAGACGAGUUAUGUCCUGUCCAUGCACUUCGGCUGCCAGGUUGUUCCUAAACACUGCCCACAGAGGAUUGUCCUGCUCCCGGAUCCAGUUGUUCUCUCUGAGUCGUCAGGGGUCUAGGGAAACUCAUCUACCUCCCCGUGUACGGGUGAGGUCGUUUUCAGAGACUGCUGUCUGUUUUGCCUCUAAAGAUGGAACAACAAAGGAUGGUGGAAGUGAUGGUGGAAAGAAAAGCAUCAGUGAGGGGAAAAGACUAUCUGGCUCUGGAGGAUCAGGCAAGGGGGGAAGCCAGCUACGCUGCCCUAAAUGUGGAGACCCCUGCACACAUGUAGAGACGUUUGUAUCAUCAACACGAUUUGUCAAAUGUGAGAAAUGCCAUCACUUUUUUGUGGUCCUGUCUGAAACUGACUCCAAGAAGGGGCUAAACAAGGAGCCAGAAUCUGCUGCGGAGGCAGUGAAACUGGCAUUUGCACAGAAACCUCCACCUCCCCCCAAGAAGAUAUAUGCUUACCUCGACAAGUACGUUGUUGGCCAGUCCUAUGCAAAAAAAGUGUUAGCGGUUGCAGUGUACAAUCACUACAAGCGCAUCUACAACAACAUCCCUGCUGGAAGUCGACAGCAGGUGGAGGUGGAAAAACAGCCUUCUCUAACACCUCGUGAGCUAGAGAUGAGAAGACGAGAGGAUGAGUACAGAUUCACAAAACUGCUGCAGAUUGCAGGAAUCAGUCCUCAUGGAAAUGCUCUUGGAGCGUCCAUGCAGCAGCAGGCGAGCCAGCAGGCACCUCAGGAGAGGAGAGGCGGGGAGGUGCUGGACUCCACACACACUGAAAUUAAACUGGAGAAGAGUAACAUCAUACUUCUAGGCCCAACUGGUUCAGGAAAAACAUUGUUGGCGCAGACACUGGCACGUUGUCUGGAUGUUCCCUUUGCAAUUUGCGAUUGCACCACUCUAACUCAAGCUGGAUACGUGGGAGAAGACAUCGAAUCAGUUAUUGCCAAACUGCUGCAAGAUGCCAACUACUCAGUGGAGAAAGCACAGCAAGGUAUUGUGUUUCUGGACGAGGUUGACAAGAUUGGCAGUGUGCCUGGGAUCCAUCAGCUGAGAGAUGUAGGAGGAGAGGGAGUCCAGCAGGGGUUGCUUAAACUCUUGGAAGGCACGAUCGUCAAUGUUCCUGAGAAAAACUCCAGGAAGCUGAGAGGAGAAACGGUGCAGGUCGACACAACAAACAUCCUGUUUGUUGCAUCUGGUGCCUUCAAUGGACUUGACAGAAUCAUCAGCAGAAGAAAGAACGAAAAGUAUCUGGGUUUUGGAACUCCCUCCAACCUGGGGAAAGGCCGCCGUGCUGCAGCCGCCGCAGACUUGGCCAACACCAGUGGUGAGACGGACACAGUGGCAGAGAUAGAGGAGAAGGAUAGACUGCUCAAGCUCGUUGAGGCAAGAGACCUGAUUGAGUUUGGAAUGAUCCCAGAGUUUGUUGGCCGUCUGCCGGUGGUCGUUCCUCUGCACAGCCUGGAUGAAGAGACGCUAGUCCGAAUCUUGACCGAACCACGCAAUGCUGUGGUGCCCCAAUACCAGGCUCUGUUCAGCAUGGACAAAUGUGAACUCAAUGUGAAUCAAGAUGCCUUGAAAGCCAUAGCCAGGAUGGCUCUGGAGAGAAAAACUGGAGCUCGUGGGCUCAGAUCCAUCAUGGAAAAGCUUCUUCUAGAGCCCAUGUUUGAAGUGCCACACUCUGACAUCAUGGCUGUCGAGCUGGACAAAGAUGUUGUUCAAGGAAAAUCCCAACCCAGAUAUAUCAGAGCUCCAGCCAAGGAGACUGCAGAGGAGGAAUACGACUCGGGCAUUGAGGAGGAGAACUGGCCUCGGCAGGCAGACGCAGCUAACAACUGAACCACACAUCACUCAUUUCACCUAGGACAGUUUCAGAAAUCAUUAGGUUACUAUGAAGCUUUGUAUACCAACUCCAGGUUUUAUUAUAGCUCCCUGACAAACAAGCUGUGGACAUUGUGUUAGAGGAAAUGGUUCUCACCGAGGAGUGUUUUCAUCAUGAACAAGUUAGGGGAGUGUAACAACUUUUGGUCCUGUGCAUCAGAUGUUAAUUUUCUAGCGCACUCACCCUGUGCACUCACAGGGUGGACCUUGUAUGAAAUAUUUCAAUCUCUGGGGAUUGUUAACAUUUUAUCUAUAUAAAGAUAAUGCAAUUUUAUUCAUGAAAGGAUUUGUAGCUAGUUAAUUUGUUUUCUCUUUUUGUGGUGAUGGGCUGUCAUGGCAAGGGAAGCAAAGGAAGAUAUGGGAUCAUACUGUACACUUGAAAACGUGGAGCGAUGAGAAGGUCUAGAUGCAAUGUUACCAUGUCAAGUAAUGCCUUAUUUGAUAAGGGCAUAAUAUUCCAUGAGCGCAUCAAUAUUUUGAUGUUUUCUUCUUUACCACCAUUGUAAUAAUGGUGUUCACAGUAUAAAAUCAGGCUGUAAAUGUUGAGCUACACUGCAUUUGUAAGCAGUUUGUAUGACAUGACCUGUAAUUAGGAGAACACAUUGUGACGUGUAACGCACCAGCACACUAAACAGAGCAGGUAAAAACUAAUGGUGACCUUUUUAAACGGCCAGAAUGGUUAUUUGUCAGUGUUGCUUCCUUUUCAAGCCCACUCUUUAGGGAAUGUAUGUGUGUUUACUUGCAGACCUCUGGAUCAGAGGGUUGUCUCACAGAGCAGGAUUAGCAGGUUAGCACGGUACUGUUUUAUUUCGGAGUAGUUAUGCUGAAUAUACAUGACUAAAUCUCAUUCUAAACCUUGGAGACAAGCUUCGAAUCAUAAUCAGACAGAUCAUCUCUAUCACAGUUAACUGGAUGAUCCUCUAAACCUGCCUUGUGAGACGCCCCUCAGAGCAGCACAAGUGUUAUUACUUUCUUUGUGUGUACCCCCAGUGUCGGAAACUCGCCUCACCUUUAGUGAUGUGCAACCCUGUUACUAAAUGGUACCUUAAUUCACACGUCUGUAAUCAAGCCUCCACCUAAAACGCUCUCUGACUGAUCUGAACCACGCUGCUGUAUUCUUUAAAAUGCUGUUUGUGCUAUAAAAUGAGAUUAAACUAGAUCUGUUCUCCUUCUGCUUUAAGUUUCCUUUUCUUUUAGUAAAGUUUCCAAACUGCUUUUCUCUGUUUUCAGAGGUCUGUUACAGAACCUGUAACCUCUCCCCUUGAAACCUUGAAUUUAUUGUGAUUGUUAAAAAAUAUAUAAAUAAAAUGUAUACCUCUGUACA